UCCCGCAGGGGCCGCCCCGCCAUGAGCGGCGGCGACACUGCCCUCGGCCCGCCGUGCUCCCCCGGCUCCGGGGGCGAGGAGCCCCCCAGUCCCUCUGGCGGCUCCUCGCUGUUCCCCGCGUCCCGCUCCAGCUGCCCGAGCGGUGAGGAGGAGGAGGAGGAGGAGGGGCAGGAGGAGGAAGGGGCGGCGGCCGCCCGGAGCCCGCCGGGCCAUAGGAAGGCUGAAGACUCUGAAAUAGUAGGAGGGACAAAAGAGUCACCUUUGAAAGACAAUCUUUCGCCAUGGGAAGAGUGGUUCAUUGGCAAAGAGAAGGAACUGCGUGCCCGCUUCCAGGCUAGAGCUGAAGAGGAAAUGAAUAUACAGCUUGAGAAGAUGAAGCAAAAGCAAGAACGUGAAAGGAGGAAAAGGAUAGCUGAAGAGAAACACAAGGAAUGGGUUCAAAAAAAGAGAGAAGAGGAAAGGAGAGAAAAGAAACGAAAACUGAGCAAAGAAAUGGCAGAAAAAGCCACAAGGGAACUAGAAAAAAUGCAGUUACAAGAAAAGGCUGAGGUAAAGUAUAAAGAAUGGUUAAAGAAGAAGAGAGCUGAAGAGGCUGAAAAGAAGAAAAAAGAGAAGGAAAAAGAAAAAGAACGGGAAGCUGAGCUACAGGAGAAGAAAACAAGAUCGGAGAAAAUCUUUAAGGAAUGGCUGCAAAAUGCUAGAAAUAAACCACGCCCUGUUUUAAAUGAUUUUGGUUUCCCACAUGGGAAGUCCAGAGGGAUUGCUGACAGAAAUUCAUAUCCAGCCCCAGCAUUUUGUAACCCCAUUCCUUGGAAACCAAUCCAUGUUCCUCCCCCAAAGGAAGACUGUGUCCUCACCAUGAAGAAGAAUAAGAGACCUGUAUCUUGUCAGCCACAUGCAUCUGCACCUAUGGUAAUUUCUAAGCCCAGGAGCAACGCUGGUAUUGGAUCCUUGUGCAGAAAGAAGUCAUAGUUCAGAAAAAAAGUGUUCUUAUGAUCUGGAGCAAACUGAGCCAUAAAUGUGAAAUUCUAUGUAGACAUAUGUCCAAAGCAGAUUGCUUUGUGCUUUUUUUUUUAUUAUUUUUGUGAAUAGGUUUCAGCUAACUGACCAAUCAGGUUUUUUAUGGUUUUUUUCUAUGUUACAUUUUAGUAAAAAAAAAAAAAAAAAAAAAGGGGAAAAGAAAAAGUCAUCUUUAAUCAAUUGUAACGGGACUGUACUUAAUACCAAUAAAAUACACAGGAUUGUUUCUUCCUUU